AUGGAGAAGCUGGUUGUCUGUCCAUACAAAAGGCCAAAUGCUCUCUGCAGGCUGAUUUGCUUUCCAUGGGCUGGAGGUGGAACUUCUCAACUUGCUCAAUGGGGCAAACUCUUCAGCAGCUCAGUUGAAGUGUCCUCUCUCAGGCUUCCUGGAAGAGAAUCUCGUUCUAGGGAGCCAUUUGCAAAAGACAUGGAGACCAUAGUUAAUGAAAUUACAAGUGUUUUGUUAAAAGAACUGCAAGAAAAACCAUUUGCAUUUUUUGGUCACAGUUUUGGUUCUUAUAUUAGUUUUGCAGUUGCGCUACACUUGAAAGAAAAGUACGGACUAGAGCCCAUCCAUCUUUUUGUGUCAGGGGCACAUGCCCCAAACUCUGAAGCAUUUCUUCUCAUCAAAAGCAUACCCAUAUGUGAUGCAAAAGAUGAAGAUGUUCUUACAUAUAUACAAAUCUUAGGAGGAACUCCUCCUGAGCUUCUGCAAAAUGAAGAUGUUAAGAAACAUCUGAUACUCACUUUCAGAGAAGACCUUAGAGUUCUUCAGACACUUUCUUUUGAGAAGUCAGAAAGGAAUAUCCCCCUCUCUUGUGAUGUUACCUGCUUCAAUGGGUCUGAAGAUAAACCCCAUGAUUUAGAAGCCUGGAAUGAACUAACAAGUGGAGAUACUUCCUUCUAUAAGAUUCCUGGAGGUCACUUUUAUCUGCUGGAACCCUCUAAUGAAAUCUUCUUGACAAAACACAUAACAAGAUGUAUAGAAAAUGCUGGUCUAUGA